AUGCUCUUCUCUCGUGUAGCCAACGUAAGUUUUCUUGAUAUUAUUGUUCGGUUUUUAGGUUUUUAGAGUUGACAAGCUUCUGUUUGUAGAUCAUCGGUUGUUUAAAAGUUAAAACAAAGUAUAUUUUACUUUUCUAAAGAUUAAGGUUUAGUUAAUUUAUAGUUUUAAAGGUUUUGUGAACGGUUUUAGAAGGUAUAGGUGGCCUGAACAAUAUUUUGAAGUUUGAAAGGUUGUUUUACAUUUUUUGGGCUUAAAGGAUGAAUUUAAGUCUCAGAAUUAAUUUCAAAAUUUUCAGCGUCUUUCCGGCCUGAAGCCCCUCUUCGACCGUGUGAUCGUGGAACGUGCUUUGCCCGAGACCAAGACCAAGGGCGGAAUCAUGAUCCCCGAGAAGGCUACCGGCAAGGUUUUGGAAGGAACCGUGGUGGCUGCUGGACCCGGAUACCGUGCCGAAAGCGGCCAAACCGUGCCCAACUUGUUGAAGGCCGGUGACCGUGUUUUGUUGCCGGAAUACGGAGGAAACAAGGUGACGAUCGAAGCCCAAGAGUACUACAUCUACCGAGAACAGGAUAUCGUCGCCAAGUUGGAAUAG